CUCGAGAAAAAUCUCUCUCUAGUUUGAAUUCUCUUUUUCACUUGCAGACGCGCACUCGUGGUCUUCUCUACUCUCUUAUUUAUUGUUAACAAACAACAAAAUCACUAUUUAUUAAUCCAUCAUACACACACACUACAUUCAUCACCUUAACCUAACUCUUCCCUCUGUGUUUCAUUCUCUCUCAAAUGAAUUUCUGAUCAAACCAUCAUUGCAGAUUUGUCCAUUGACAGUUAAAAAUUACGACUUGUGAAAUGUGUUUCAAAACCAAAUUUUGAUAGCUGCUACCAGAAAGUAAGAAUCCUAAUUCUUCCGAAUAGGAAUGCGGCCAAAGGUUGAUGACAGAUUUGCCAUAGAAAUUAUAGAAGGACAGUUCAUGUUUUGAUUGUUGCGUAAAAAGUCGGUUUUUCUGAAAGAAAUAACUGGGAAUGUACAUGGGCUGGUGAUGGUCGGACAUACAAGUAUGGCUUGUAGUAAACCAUUCUUCGAUGAUAUGCGGAGCAGAUCUGGGGUUGACCCUCCUCAAACUGAAGAGUCAACAGAAAUUCCUGAACUCGUAAAUGAUCCUUUACAGACUGUUGUUAAACCUAAUGGGACUGUUACGAGCAGUGUUCGUGAGCUUUUAGAGUGUCCUGUGUGCUUGAAUGCUAUGUACCCUCCAAUUCACCAGUGCUCGAAUGGUCACACUUUAUGCUCUGAUUGUAAACCAAGAGUCCAUGACCGGUGCCCUACUUGUUGGCAUGAACUCGGGAAUAUUAGAUGUCUGGCAUUGGAGAAGGUGGCUGCAUCUUUAGAACUUCCUUGUAAAUAUCAAGGUUUCGGGUGCAUAGGCAUAUACCCAUAUUACAGCAAGCUAAAACACGAGUCUCAAUGUGUGUUUAGACCUUAUAACUGUCCAUAUGCUGGUUCAGAAUGUUCUGUUGUCGGUGAUAUACGUUACCUGGUGGCACACUUGAAAGAUGAUCAUAAAGUGGACAUGCAUAGUGGUUGCACUUUUAAUCAUCGCUAUGUCAAAUCAAAUCCACAAGAAGUUGAAAAUGCCACGUGGAUGCUAACGGUUUUUAGUUGCUUCGGACAGUAUUUUUGUCUGCAUUUUGAAGCAUUUCAAUUGGGAAUGGCUCCUGUCUACAUAGCAUUUUUACGGUUCAUGGGCGAUGAUAAUGAGGCAAAGAACUAUACCUACAGUCUUGAGGUAGGUGGAAAUGGGAGGAAGAUGACCUGGCAAGGCGUGCCUAGAAGCAUUAGGGAAAGCCACCGCAAGGUUCGUGACAGUUUUGACGGUCUCAUCAUUCAAAGAAACAUGGCUCUCUUCUUUUCUGGGGGUGACAGGAAGGAGUUGAAACUACGAGUUACCGGAAGGAUUUGGAAAGAACAAUGACUAUAGAAUUCCUUGCUAUUAUGUUAAACAGAAUAGGCUGUAGUGCACUGAUAACUUAGUAGUAUGAAUCUUUUGGUCAUGUGUUGCAUUUUGUAAUUUAGGAGGCAACAUCUCUUUGCUUACUUUACAUCAAAUGCAUGGUCAGGAAGGUGUAAUGUGACAUGAUUUUUUAUUUUAUUUUUAAUAUAGAUCUAAAACCUUAGUCCAUGUCUAAUUUUCUUCUGAAUCUAUAGUAAUUGUUUCACUCACACUUCAUGCUACCAGUUGGAAAUUGGGAUAGUAGUUAUCUUUGAUUUGUUUCUUUUGUUUUGCACAGGAAUAAGGUCCAAACUCCAAAUCGACUCACAUUAAAGUAGGAGUAAAUUACUUAACUUGACCCUUGAAAUUAUAGAAAAGAGGGUACAAAAUACUUAAUUAGGUUCAUCUCUUUGUUGGUAUUUGUAAAGAUUUUAAUGACAUAAAUGUUGGGGAUGCAUUUGAAAUAAAGUAUUAAGUUAAUA